AGACUUCCAGACGACGAAGAUAGCGAUAGUGAUUAUCAUGCUGAAGAAAGCGACGGAUAUAUCGACGACAGUGAGCCAGAAGUGGACGAGUGGCGGCUUCACGCGAUAGAGCCCCGAGAAGGUCUAUACCUACACGAAAUGCGGCGCCAGCGUGGCCGCAUGGACGAGAAGGAGGCUCAAUGGGUG